UGGAAACCAGAUGCACUGUAUAGCGUAGCGUGAGAUGUGGUGUGAGGAUGACCCUCUCGCUUUACAUUCUGGUGCUCGGUUGCAUUUGCGGGAGGAUAACGCCUUUGCAUCUGAACAAGGAAUGCGUCGCCAAGCGGGAAUGGAGGGCGUCCUGGGACUGGUCCGACACAUCUAUCAGCGUCUGGGUCCCUGAGGACUCUACUGAAUCGCUGAACAUCAGACUGGGCCUCAACGAGCUACACCACGCUGACAUAACCUUCACACGUUCAUCUAUCGUCGCUUCUACCACCAAAGACCUCGCCACAGACGAAUGGGGAAGGAGUGAAAACUGCACACUCGAGGAAGGCUGGCGGAGGGUGAGACUUAGCCUGAAGACUAACUAUGAGCUGCACUUGGGCGACUGCAACGGCACCUCUCCCAUUUCCUUCCCCGGAGACCUUCUGCCGGAAUUCCCGAAGUGGGUUGAAGUGACGGGCAGCAACAUCACCGUCAAUUGCGAAAUGGAUUUACUGGCUUGGAGAGUGUCUCGAACAGCCGUGGCAGUUCCCCUCGACCAUUCGGAAUGGCACCGAUUCAGCCUCUAUUCUGUCCACGAAUUCUCGCCGAGGUUCGUACUGGAGAACCACAGGAUCGAUCUGGGCAUUGGCAAUAGUGGUUUGUCGACAUUGGACCUCAAGCAUAAACUUCCGGCAUUCGUCCAGCACAAUCUUUCUCUGGCGUGUGCACGAAAUGCAAAUUUUUCUUCGUGUGAAUUCACGUUAGGAGACUCCUCAGAGCCUGAGAGGAAGGUAACCUUGGACAAACCGCUUCGCCAUCUAUUGGUCCAGUGUCCUGAUACUGAAUUUUACAUCUUUCUUCACCAACACACUAGCAUCAAAUCCAUCGAGGACAGUCGUAGUGGUGAUUUUCACUUUAGAGCGUUUCGGGCUUCUGACGCUCACAAAUCACAUUGCGAUUCAUCUUAAUGCGUUGAACCCGCUAUAAUCCGUCCCGUCUUGGGAGAAAAAAACUGGUAACAACUCACCCCGAACUCUAGAGUACACCGAUUCGUAAAGUCUAUUUUAAGAAAAAUGGUGUAACACAACAAAAAAAGAAUAUUAUAUGUUAGUUUUAAAACGCAAUAUACAUAAACCUAACUAAGAAACGGCUGAUCAGA